AAUGCUGAAAGUGAUGGAGAACUGCAGCUUAGAAGAGGACCUUCUCUUUAACGAUACCCUCUCCACUCCCUCCCUAAACGACUCCUUCGCACUCUUACCAGGCAGUACCACUAACAAUGAGUCCUUUAACCUGUUACCUGGCAACACGUCUGAUACCCUGGGAGCGCUGACCGAGUGUACGAUAGGCAGUGCUACUCUUAACGCCAUCGCGGAUAACAAUGAUGUUAACAGUGAUGUUAACAAUCUGGACAACUUUCUCAGUACCCUCACCUCGGACUGCCUCCAAAACUCAUUUGAAUAUUGGAACGAUGAUGCUGGUGACUUGGAUCUACUUUAUAACUUCACAACCUUCAACAAUCAGGAUGAAGACCAAAAGCCAUUCCUGCUGAACGACGAUCAGAAUCCUUCCUACUACCCUGAAAAAUACGAGAGAGUGACAGGAUUUGCAGGAGAUCUGUGCGGUGGAGAUGCUAUCAGACCCGGAGAGAUACAGUACGACACCCUCUCAGACCAGGACCAGUUCCACUACCCUUCCAAUCAGGAGAACACUCAACAGUACACCCCUACUGACAUACACCACAUUGACGAUGAGGCGAUAUUCCUAACGUCUGAACAGCAGCAGUACCCUGUAUCCAUCCAGCAGCACUCCCCACAUUCCCCUCAUUCUCAUCACUCCCCACACUCCCAGCAGCAUUCUCCACUGAGUAGCACGUCUCUAGUGCAGCUUUCUCCACUCAGCGCCACGUCUCUAGUGCAGCAUUCUCCACUCAGCGCCACGUCUCUAGUGCAGCAUUCUCCACUCAGCGCCCCGUCUCUAGUGCAGCCAAUCCUGAAAUCAGAACCAGUGGACCCCAGGAUGUCGGAGAGUGUAACCAACCUGGACUCACCACACCAACAAGGCCUGGACAUGGCUUACAUCAACCCAGUUCAGCAUGCCUGGAACAUGAGCACCGACCAAGCAUACUACAACUCGCACAGCCAGAUGCUGGGAUACAGUUCACCUGGUUGGGUCACCAAGGAAACGAGCUCACUCGGAGACAUGGUCCUCCACACCUCCUCCCCCACUGACUUCGUCAACAAACAGACCACCAAGGAGAAGACUCAGCGAGCUCCUCUCAAGAAGAAGAAGGAGGGAGGACCUGGAGAGAAACCAUACUACUGUCCUAUCACCGGCUGCAUAAGGAGGUUUAGUAGAAGUGACGAACUGACUAGACACAUGAGGACACACACUGGCCAGAAACCGUUCCAGUGCCGGAUCUGCAUGCGGUACUUCUCCCGCUCCGACCACCUCACCACCCACAUCAGAACCCACACCGGGGAGAAACCCUUCUCUUGCCAGGUUUGCGGGAGAAGAUUUGCCCGGAGCGACGAGAGACGGAGACACACCAAGAUACACCUGAAGGACAGGACCCGAGCAGAGAAGAACGGGAUAUCCAAACAACAACUAGUACCCACUAGCUGCAGUCCUGGAACAGAGAAACCCCAACCACAGAUCACAGCUUGUAUACCACAGUAUCAGGCUACUUACCACACUGCCUUCCAGUCCAAUGUUAUGGGCAACAAUGGACAGCAAAUUCAGGCAAAUAUGCACAAAAUGUAUGGCAUGUUGCCUGGAAGCAAUGGUAUGUUGCCUAUAAACGGUGAAACGAUGUCAGGCAACGUCUACAACAAACAAGAACACCAAGAUCCACUAUACUUAUAUAAUCAGCACAUUUCACAUCCGCAGGAACUCGGAUUGAUUUGAGCUAGAAACUGUUUGGAACUGACCUAUUUUAUAGAUAGGGUCUUUUCACUUCUAAGUCAGAUGGUUUUUACCUAAUUGAGUAAUAGUAAUCACUUCAAGAAACAAUGUUACUAACUUCGAAUUUUUAUCAUUUUGACUAUCAAUCAGAAUAAGUGGAGCAUGUCUGAAUAAUUGAGAAUAUUUGCCGCUGAAGAUUGUGUUUAUUAAUUUAUCAUUAUCCAUUAUUGUGAGUUUUAUGUUAUUUUUUAAAUAAUUA